UAUUUACAGCUUCUGAGCUUUUAAAAGGAGCGCUUCCUCGGAACCAGCCCCGACUCCACAGCUGCUGCGCCAUGAGGGCCCUGGGGACGCUGGUGGCCCUGCUGCUCCUGGGCUCCCAGGCCCACAGUGAGCCCGAGUGGACCUACUCAGAGGGGGCGCUGGAAGAGGAGUCCUGGCCCCUGGAGUACCCGGCCUGCGGCGGGCACAGACAGUCGCCCAUCAACCUGCAGAGGAAGAAGGUGCAGUACAACCCCUCCCUGCAGGUGCUGGAGCUGAAGGGCUACGACACCCCCACGGGCGAGUUCUCCAUGAUCAACAAUGGCCACACAGUGCAGGUCAGCCUGCCCCCGACCAUGCGCAUGACGACGUCCGAUGGCACUGAGUACAUAGCCCUGCAGAUGCACUACCACUGGGGCGGUGCCUCCUCCGAGGUCAGCGGCUCGGAGCACACCGUGGAUGGGAUCAGGCGUGUCAUCGAGGUUCACGUGGUUCACUACAACUCCAAGUAUGAGAGCUAUGAUGUGGCCAAAGAUGCAUCAGAUGGUUUGGCCGUCCUGGCUGCCUUCAUUGAGAUCAAUGAUUAUGCUGAAAACACCUAUUACAGCCAGUUAAUUUCUCAGUUGGCCAACAUCAGGUAUCCAGGGCAAGUCACCACUCUGAGGGACCUUAACAUCCGGGAGAUGCUGCCGGAGAACGUGGACCACUACUACACCUACCAGGGCUCGCUGACCACCCCUCCCUGCUCCGAGAACGUCCUGUGGUUCGUGCUAGCAAACUCCGCGUUCCUCUCCAGGGCACAGGUUUGGAAGAUGGAGAACUCGUUACUGAAUCACCUGAAUGAGACCCUCCAAAACGGCUACCGCAGCACCCAGCCCCUGAACCAGAGAGUGGUGGAAGCCAACUUCCUACACUACCCUACUCAGUCGUAUGUCUCACUGCCUGAGUUCCAGUCUCAUCUAUCGUCAAUCAACAGAAAGCUUGAGUUUUUGAGAAGAUCUAUUAUACCCAAGAAAUUCAAGAGAAAAAGUGACAACUUACUGGCUGGAAGCAUGAGCUGGUAGGAAGAGGUGGCCACCUCCGCCACCUCCCCUUGCCCGGGUCUCGGAAACUGUGUGCCAGACGGCGCACCUGCUGCAUUUCCGGUUAACGCAGGGGAAGCCAUCAUCUAUGAAAGGAGGUGAUACGGUUCAAAUGGAUGGGAAGGAAUUUGAAUCUGACUUUGCCAGUGGGAACUGAUCGAACCAGAAAUCUAAAGGAAUCAAGCCAUCAUUACCUUCCUCUCAAAUCAUUUACUUGAUCUGUCUAAAUUAUAAAUCAGCCCAAAUGUCCCUUUAGCAUUUAGAUAUAAUAAAAUUAUUUUUGAAAUUUA